AUGCCUAAACGUCGCUUGUCUAGUGACUUUGGUGACGAUCCAAUCCAAAAGAUUCGCAAGGUCGACAAUCAGCAAAUGAAGCACCAUGCCAACUUUACAGAGACUGUUUCUAGUCUCCGACAAUGCAGUGUCUCGCAUUCGCCGAACGAAGUCGAACCAAGAAUGCAGCCAUCGAUGUCUGAGGAGGUCGAGUGGUCCAGAAUCGAGGAUCUCACCAGGUAUGACGAGCCUGUAGACUAUUCACAAAGGGAUGCAGACAUCGAGCCAGAAGAAUCGGAUGAUGAACCGGAAGACGAUUGUGAUUAUGGGGAUUCUGACGACGACGACUCUUCGGAAGCUCUAAAAGAAGCGCUCGCGGAAAUCGAGGAGCUUGAUAACUUAAUCGAACGAAAGACGGUUUCUAUCACUUAUUGGAAGAAUUGGACCAGGGAUCUACGCAAGGACAAUAUGCGUCUUGAAAGGGAGGUCAAAGUCUUGAAGGCCAAGUUGGAAGCCAUCAACAAGAAGCCUACUUAA